AUGGCAGAUAACACCUCUAUAGCUCCAUCCGAGCUCACCCUGAUGGAAACAAACCCACAAGUUGAAAUUACAAUCACCAAUACUCGUAUGGGCACAGCGUGGGGACCCAUUACGCUGAUUGGUGAUAGAGAUAGGUAUGAGGCAUCCGACGGAUGUACGGUCACAUCACGAAUGAACGAUCAAGGUGUUCACUGGGUGAUUAUCAAUGCGAGACGGGAGGCCAGCGGCUCGGGUGCCCUCACUGAUGGAACAGUCUCGCUGGUGGGGAAUGGAGAACAGCAAUUGCUCGACGAUAAAGUUCAGGCGACAUGGUCUGGAAUCGCUGUACAUAGUCGGCCAAGACGGGGACGAUGGACAUGGUUGAGGUGA